AUCUUUGUGCAUUCAGAAUUCCGAGUGAAAUUGUGAACAAGCGACGCGUCGGAGUAGAGGCCCCAAACAUAUAAACCCCUCACACCCUCCCUCCUUCUUCUCCAUCGAUUCAUCCCCGUUCCUCUCGAGAUUUUUUCGAGAGGUUUCACAGACGUGGAUUACUUCAAUCUCCCAGUCACAGAAGAAGCAGAGAGAGGGAGAGACCGGUGGCGCUGCUACGUUUAUUUUUUCACGGGAGCUUUUUUCCCGAUUCUCUGCAGCUCGUAAUCCGAUUAGAUUCAUUCAGAGGCUACAGGAGUGUAAGCAGAUUCGUACUCGGUCGGAAUGUCGAUGAGCAAUUCCUUAGAGAAGUUGGCUUCAUGUGUCAUCCUCGAUCUGGAUGGAACCCUUAUCAACACAGAUGGUCUAGUUGGUGAGAUUUUAAGGGGAUAUCUGAGCAAGCAUGGCAAGCAAUGGGAUGGAAGGGAAACUCUUAAAAUAGUGGGAAAGACUCCGAUUGAGGCGGCAACUGCUAUUGUUGAAGAUUACGGGCUUCCUUGUGGAGUCGAUGAGUUCAACACGGAGUUCUACCAGUUGUUCUCUGCUCAGAUGAGCAAAAUCAAACCUCUUCCGGGUGCCAACCGGUUAAUUCAGCAUCUGAAGGGUAAUGGAGUGCCUAUGGCAUUGGCGUCCAAUUCUUCCAGGGCAAAUAUUGAAUCCAAAAUUUCUUAUCACAAAGGUUGGAAGGAAAGCUUCUCUGUUAUUGUUGGUGGCGAUGAAGUGACCCAAGGAAAGCCUUAUCCCGAAAUUUACCUUGAGGCAGCCAGGAGACUGAACAAAGAGGUAGCUAGCUGUUUGGUAAUAGAAGAUUCUACCCCGGGUGUUACGGCUGGUAAAGCUGCUGGGAUGAAAGUGGUUGCUGUUCCUUCACUACCUAAACAAACUCAUCUUUUUACAUCGGCAAACGAAAUAAUGAAUUCUCUGAUCGAUCUACGGCCUGAAAAAUGGGGGUUGCCUCCAUUUCAAGAUUGGAUUGAGAAUACUUUACCGAUUGAACCAUGGUGUAUUGGGGGGCCAGUUGUCAAGGGAUUUGGCCGUGGGUCCAAGGUGCUUGGAAUCCCCACAGCUAACCUGUCAACAAAGGAGUACGCAAGUGAGUUAGUUGAACACCCUGCGGGGGUGUACUUUGGUUGGGCUGGCUUGUCGACAAGAGGUGUUUUCAAGAUGGUGAUGAGCAUUGGUUGGAACCCAUAUUUCAACAACACCGAGAAAACCAUUGAACCGUGGUUGCUUCAUGAGUUUGGGGAGGAUUUCUAUGGUGAAGAGCUGCGUCUCGUGAUUGUUGGCUACAUACGCCCCGAGGCUAAUUUCCCGUCGUUGGAGAGGCUGGUGGAAAAGAUUCACGAGGACAGAGGAAUUGCGGAGAGAGCUCUCGAUCUUCAGCUGUACGCCAACUUCAAGGAUGACCCCUUCCUCUCAACAAACCCUCUUUUGCCAUAGAUAUCAUGGUCUUGGUUAGCAUAACCCUGGAUGGGGAUGCUCACAAGGCUCGACCACAUUCGUUAUUUGUGAAAUAAUUAAUGAGUAGACACUCCAUUAUUUUUUGGCCUUCAUUGAUAAUGGGAUGAUUUUUCCUAGGUUUUUCUUUU